AUCGAUGAACUUUUAAAAGAUCAGAUAAAGAUAAAUGAAAGUGUUAAAAUUUGGCUUGAAGAGUUCGAACAAUUUCUUUUAAAUCUCCCUGAGAGUUCCCAAUGCUGUAUUAACGAUUUUUCUGUUGGAAAAGGAAUAAAAAUUCCUAUCAGUCUAGUGCCUGAGAAUGAUAAAGGGGUGUUUAAAUUUUUUCCCCCAACACAAAUUUUAUCUGUUGGUGCUUAUGCCUUUGAAACUAUUCAUUCAUCAUCUCCUGUGAUCAAUAUUGCUGUUGAAAUCCCAAAACCUUGCUGGCAGGGAAUGGACAAUUUAAAUUACAGAUAUCACAGGAAACGUGCCUUCUAUUUGACGUAUAUUGCACACUCGUUAUUGGAUUCGGAUCUGGUUAAUGAUUUGAGAUUUAUUUAUCCAAAUGAUUGCCAUAUUAAACCGGAUUUAUUAAUAACCCCUAAUG